UGGCCAGCAUACAUGUACUAAUUACUUUGAUCAACAGCAUGGAGACAAUGUGAGAUCUCCCGGUGUAUUUUAGUCUGUUAUGAAGUAUUUGUUUUUGUAAUUAUGUGAAAAAGAUGAAGUGAAAGAUUAUCAGAGUGCUGUCCACAAGCUGUUCAACCUCUAUCGGCAACAUGUCGAGCGUGAUCGUACAGGUAGGGCAAUGUGGAAACCAAAUUGGCCAGCAACUUUGGAAACACAUUCAGAAAGACAAGAAGGCGACAGACAGCCAUGUGUAUGUAAAUCAUGAUGGAAAAUUGAGGUCUGUGAAUGUAGACAGUGAACCAAAGGUUGUGAAAAAGCUUCUCAGAGAUGCAAAGAAAAGCAAUUUUCGAGAGCAAAACAUAAUUCUUGGAAAAAGAGGAAGGGGUACCAAUUGGUCACUUGGUUACCAUGGAUUACCUGGAGAAGAUAAGUUGUUCAAUGAUGCCCUUGAAGCCAUUAGGAAAGAAGCUGAAAGAUGUGACUGUUUUAGUGGGACUAUCAUGAUCCAUAGCUUGAGUGGCGGGACAGGCUCAGGUCUUGGUGCUCAUCUUUGUGAGGCAAUUCGAGAUGAGUAUCCUCUACAGUACAUGUUAUCAUGUCUUGUGGCACCACAUUCCAGUGGAGAGAGUCCUCUGCAGCACUUCAACUCUCUGCUGUGUUUGUCUUGGGUUCAGAGGUACUCAGAUGGUAUCAUUUUAUUGAGCAAUGAUGAGAUCCUGCAUAGACUGCAGCACAGACAGAAAGAUAAAGUAGACCAAGAGCCCGUCUCCUUCUCUCAAAUGAACCACCAUAUUUCAUCCUGUCUGGCUGGAGUGUUGUUACCAGUGGACAGUCUCACACCAAGCAGUGGGGUCAGUUUGGGGAUGGAACCCUGGGAGCUAAUCAGGUCCGCCUGCCCCAUGCCUGCACUCAAGAUAUUACAUCUAACUCAGGGUAUCAAAAGCAAAUCAUCCUGGGACAAUGUGGCCAGCUCUUCUGUGUAUUACUUAAAGAGACAUGAUGCUCAAGGAAAAAUGUAUUCCUCCCUUGCCAAUGUGGUGAUAGCUAGAGGAGAUACCCAUGGUACUUUCCCAGAUUAUAUGAAGCAAAUAGAAGAUAAAGUGAAGUCCACAUACAAUUGUGUCUCAUGGAAUCCAUACCCUGUGGAUUUCUGGACAGGUAAAUUUAACCCAGCUGGAGGUAAAGAUGCAUCUAGUGUCACCAUGGCAGCAAACUAUACUAAUUUCUUGUCUCCAGUAGAGUACAUGAUGUCUCAGUCUAAGCUAAUGUAUGAUGCAGGGGCUUAUCUACACUGGUAUUGGAAGUAUGGUUGCACUAGGGAUGAUUUUGAUCAAGCUUUUGAAUCAGUUUCUGACAUUGUCACAAACUAUAAGGAGGCAGUAAGGUGAAGAACAUAACUGCAGUACAAUACCAAAGACAUUAUGCUCAUACAAUGGCUCAUUGAAAUCCGUCCCCGCUGCAACAACUGCAUGAGCAUUAAUCAUGGCUGUCAACAAAAGACUUCUUAGUCAUCACACUUAGAUAUAUAUUUCACAUUUAUUUAAAAAAAUUGACUACUCUUUUCAUCUUCAUUGAUUGCCUGGUACCUGAGCCUUAAGAAUAAUUUGAGUAAUGGAGCGACAUCUCUAACAUUAUACCUUUGUGCUGCUGUGUGGUUUUACUAAAAAUCAUUGUAAUUUAAUUAAACAUUCAUGGUAGUUUUCUUCUUGUAUUUAAUGACCAGUUCAAAACUUUGUUUUUUUUUCUCAGUGAACACCUAACGACAAUCAUGUAAGCAAUAACUGGUGACUGAACCUAAUGCAUUAGUACGAAUUUUCGAGUUUUUGAUUGGCUUUCAAUGUUUUAUGUUGAGAGCUUUAAAAAGAUGAUUUGCUAUGGAUAUCUUUUGACAAAAAUUGGGUGCUGAGAACUCUGUGAAACGAAUUUUGAUAUUGUUUUUGAUACUUUUUCUUUUCUUUGUUGAACUUCAUUUAUUCAGGACAUUGAUGAGACAUUAAAGUCACUUUAUUGUGA